AAUACCCACAAUUAUCUAAAAACCUAAUUCAUAUACAUUAUUAUCGUAUAAAUUAUUAAAUCCAUACAUAGAUUUUAUCAAGCAAGCUUAGUGUUCUUGUUUUUUUUAGAAAAGUGACAAGGUUAGCAAAGUGCUGUCUUAUUAAACUCGUUUCCCAAAAAAUACAAAGUAGAGCUAGGCUUUUGACAUUUUGUUAUAGACUGCAUCGUUAUUGCUCAACCUUUCGCCUUUGGAUUUGUCAUAAAUAUUUAACCAUAUAAUUUAACCAAUUCAAGAGUAUGAGAAGGGGGUCACCCCUUACCUCAUUCAUUCUCCUAACAACAAAUGGUCACUAAAUAUCCAGAUGGGGAGGGGGGUUAAAUUAUCAAUUAUUCGUCACUCUACAUAAAGUCUCUAAUGUCUUGACUGACUGAAUCAAAUAUCGAACUUCACUCUUAUAGUCUAGUAGUUUUAUCACAACUCCUCUUGCAAGUGUGAUAUUUACUUUCUAGCUUGAAGACUAGUGAACCACCCGAGUUAAUUUAAAACCGUUGAUCCACCUUCAUACCCAAAACCCAAACCCAAACCCAAAAGCUUUAUCCAGUGCCCACUCUCCACCUCCAGAUCCAGAGACUUACCCAAUCGUGUACUUCGUCGGCCAACGCCCGCAGUGUCACCACCGACACUCCUGCUCAACAUUGUUUGUCACCACAGUAAACUCAUACUAUUAGCUCUGUUCGAUCGAGGUCCAAGGAAGAGGAAAGUGAGGACUGAGGAGGAGGUAAUAGUAAGAUAUGAUAGAAAGAAAUAUUAAAGUCGAAUAGAUGAGGUGAGAGAGAGUUAGGGAAGAGAUUAGGUGAGAGAGAAAAAAUGCUGAGUUAGAGAUGAGAUAAAAGGUGAGAGAGAGAAAAAGGUGUGAGCCGUGAGGUCACUGAGGUGUGCUUUUAGUCAUUGUCUUUUUCUUCUUUUUAUAUAUAUUUUUUUCCCAAUCAAACAUGUAUUUCGGUCUAUUGUUAUUAGAUAUUUAAAUCCAUAUUCAAACAUAUAUUUUUGUCUUUGGCACAGAUGUUGUUGGGUACGGGGACUAUCUUAUUGCGGUAUUGCCCUCAUUUCAUGGCAUCAAGUGAGCUUUGUCACUUCUGUGAGUGGAUUUCUAUACUAUUGGAUGAGUGACACAUAAUCUAUAUAACCAGUCGAGCCUCCCCUUUGGCUUAUAAUCAUCAUUCUCCCAUUAAAGGUUGAGAAAAAAUGGAUCAUUUCAAAUUAUGGGGUGAAGAGUUAAGAUUGUCAAGUGGUUCUAGUGAUAAGGAGACACAAAUUAUUGUUACAAUGUGAUCGUGGUGGCACCUACAAUAAUAAGAAAAUCUCCACAAGGUUAACUGGCACAAAAAAACGAGAUUGUCCAUUCAGAGUGAAAGGGAUGAAAUUGAAGACAAAUGAUGAUUGGAUGGUAAGAGUAGUGUGUAGAGUGCAUAACCAUUCUGCGGCAUUAUAUAUGGAGGGUCAUUCAUAUGUCGGUAAGCUUUCUGCUGCUGAAAAUGAAAUAUUGAUAGAUAUGUCAAACAAUUUGGUGAAGCCACGGAACAUCUUGUACACGUUAAAGAACAGGGAUCCGAACAACGUGUCCACCAUUAAAACUAUAUACAAUGCACGUCAGAAGUUUCGAACUGCAGAGAAAGCUGGUAAAUCCCAAAUGCAACAACUCAUGUCAUCUCUACACCAGUACGAGUACGUUUUCUUUACUCGGAGUAAUGAUGAGACGAAUCAGCUUGAAGAAUUAUUCUUUGCACAUCCAGGCUCGUUAGAACUAUUGCGUGCAUUCCCGCAUGUGUUACUGAUGGAUGCUACGUAUAAAACUAAUAGGUUUAGAAUGCCUCUAUUUGAGAUUGUGGGCGUGACUUCAACGAAGAUGACAUUUUGCAUAGGAUUUGUUUUCUUACAAGCAGAAAAGGAGGACAAUUAUACUUGGGCACUGAAUUGUUUGCGGUCAACAUUGGAUGAAUCAACUUUUCCAAGAGUUAUUGUAACUGAUAGAGAUUUGGCAUUGAUGAGGUCGUGUGCCCAGGUAUUUCCCGAGUCGAUGAAACUGCUGUGUAGAUGGCACAUCGACAGAGCUGUUAUAGCUCACUGCAAGAAAUCAUUUCCAGACAAUGCAUCUUGGGAUGCAUUCUACUCCAUGUGGCACAUAUUACUGGAAUCAGAAACUGAAAAUGUGUAUCAUUACAAUUUAUCUGCUUUUGAGGUAAAUUUACAAAGCUACUCCAAGGUCGUGAAUUAUAUUAAAGAUGUAUGGUUGAUGCCAUAUAAGGAGAUGUUCAUAACUGCCUGGACAGACACAUAUAUGCAUUUCGGCAACCUGACCACUAACAGAGCUGAGAGUCAACAUUCGAAGUUGAAACGAUACUUGGGCACAUCACAAUCAGACUUGGAGUCAUCAGUGUUGUCUAUUCAUCAACUUAUCCAAGGUCAGCUAACAGCAAUAAAAGCUAGUUUGGAGAAGAGCAAAAAUAUUGUCCUACAUCGAUUCAAAACGAGUAUGUUCCGAGAAUUACGGGGUUUUGUCUCAGUGGAUGCGUUGAAUCUGAUUUGGUUGGAAUUUGAACGAUCUAAAGUUGUUGGAGAAGACAUCUACUCUUGUAGAUGUAAACUUCGUACGAGUAAUGGACUGCCAUGUGCGCACGAGCUUGCAAUAUACACGAAUGAAGAUCGUCCUAUACCACUUGCUUGCAUUGAUAAGUUUUGGAAAAAACUGGACCUAUUGCCAAGUGUCUCACAUGUCAAUGAUGAUAUCGAUUGUAGUGUCGAGCUACAAAUGUUCACAGAACAAUUUAAGCAUCAAUCAAGGCCAGGUAAAGUCAGUCUACUAAGGAAGUUGAGGGAGAUAAUUAAUCCAUCAAUAACUGCUCUUCUUCAACCAGUUGUUAAGACAAAUAUUCGUGGACGCCCCUCCUCAAAGAAAAAAGUAGAGAAAUCAACUCGUUGUAAUCAGAACGCAUUCGAUUUUGUUCAGAACGAUUUGAAUCAUUCUCAAGGUCUAGGUAGACACAAUUAUUCAUCAGUUCGCCCCUCCUCAAAGAAGAAAGUAGACAGAUCUACUAGUGGUGAUGCGUCUGCAUUCGAGUUCGUUCAACAAGAUUUUUGUUCUUCUCAGGAACCAGGUAGACACAGUUGUUCAUCUCUUUACAGCACCCCACCACUUCCUACGCAAAGGAUUUCAAGAUCGAGGUCAACUGCCUAUGAGCAUGUAUAUCUUAGUCAGUUCCCACCUAUAUUGCAUCCUUACAUUAUGUUCGUAAAAGAUGUAAGAGCUGAUGGAAAUUAUGGCUUCCGGGCUAUUGCUGGAUUACUUGGUUUUGGAGAGGAUGCAUGGGUAAACGUUCGGCAUAACUUGAUUGACGAGUUGAGAACAUUUUGGGCAGAGUAUGUUGAUCUAUUUGGUGGUUAUGAACGGACAUGUUCCAUUUACAACUCACUUGACUUUUGGGAACCCGAUAGACCAGCACCACUUCAGAACUGGAUGACAAUGCCUGACAUGGGUCAUUUGAUUGCUUCAAGGUACAAUGUUAUAUUACAUCUCCUUAGUUCUGAACAGUGCUUGACAUUUUUACCACUGCGAUCAAUGCCUCCCCCGCUGCAUGAACAUGUUACUAUCACUAUCGGGUUUGUUAAUAGUAAUCACUUUGUCCAGAUUGCCUUAACAGAGGGUUACCCGAUGCCUCCCAUUAUGAUUCAAUGGUUUACAUAUAGAUAUGAUUGCGCAGCUGCAUGGGUUACACCGUACACGGAACAACUUGCAUCAUACAUUCAAUGUAGACGUUCUACAUUUCCUUCUGAAACCAUUGUAUUAUAAUUUACAUAAUUGUAAGAGUAUUGAAAUGUUAUUUGUCUGUAUUUUAGUUGAAUAUUUGACAAAUUUAGUUAGCCUAUAUA